AUGUAACUCGCUUUAUUGACGAUCUAUUACAGUUGCAGUCUUGCUCGCGCGUGAGUUAUGCAGCCAGCCUUGCACUAAGCGGAGGCAAGUGCAAUGUGACAUGAUGUGAGGCACCAAAUUGAUAUGAGCGAUAGGAUUGUUCGUGCUGUUCAUCAUGAACUCUAUGGGCAGCGAGGGCCUCACUGAGGCGCGAUUGAAGUUCAAAUUGCGCGUUCUACGCAUAUUUUGCAUUCAGGAACCGUUUAGUUGUGUCGGGCCAUGUACCUGUCAGAGUCGUGCAUUCGUCUACAGCCGCGCGGCGGAGCACCAAGCUCUCAAUCGCUCAUUCUACAACUUAGCCGACAUCAAAUACGUCGGAAUCCGUGUGGUUCGCCUCUCAACGUUAUAA